CUUCCGCUCCGGCGGCCCUCGGCGGUGGCAGGGCAGGGCGGCGCGGCUGGCGCCCGCGCGUCCGCAUGGCCGCCGCGCCGGAGCCCGGCGAGCCCGGGAAGGGGAAGCCUUUUAAACUCCUAGGAAUUUUAGAUGUGGAAAACAUUCCCUGUGCACGGGACUCAAUAUUAUACGGCUCACUGGGAUCUGCUGUGGCUGGCCUAGGACAUUUUUUGUUUACUAUUCAUUACAAUGGUUCUGCUCAUUUGACAGGUAGAAUCAGAAGAUCAUGCGAUGUUGGAGUAGGAGGAUUUAUCUUGGUGACUUUGGGAUGCUGGUUCCAUUGCAGGUACAAUUAUGCAAAGCAACGAAUCCAGGAAAGGAUUGCCAGAGAAGGAAUUAAAAACAAGAUUUUAUAUGAAAGUACCCACCUUGAUCCUGAAAGAAAAACCAACAGCAGUGGUAGCCAUUAAGUCUGAAGUACAGAAAACCAAACACAGCUGCCUCAAGAGUUGGGAUCGACCACAGAAACAUCUUAUGUACAAUAAGAAAGCUUUAAGCAAGUAAAUAAACUAUGUUUUAGUUGUCUUUUUUUUUUUUUUUAACACUUGCAUAAAAAUCUGCCCAUGUAUUCCGGUCCCACCUCUAUCGCCAGGGUAGCAUUCCUGUGUGUAACAUACUGUUGUGAUCUGCUAUAUCCAGACAAAGAAUUACAAAACCCAGUGUUUAACAGGCUUGGAAAAGAAUUCUUAAAGUAAGCAGUGAAUUUAAUGAUGAAAUUUCAAGAAAUAAAAUACCUACACUUCGAUUUUUAA